AUGUCUUCCUACAGCGGAAUACAGAACACGGCCAUCACCGGCCUUUUCCUCAGUACCAUAGCACUUUUCAGCCGACUACUUGUCAGAUGGCUCGGUGUUUCAGGACCUACCGCUGACGACUACAGUGUGAUCCUGGCCUGGAUGGUCUAG